CUGAGUGUUAAUGGACUGGGCUCAGGGCAAGGGUCCGGUAGCAAAGAACGAGCAAAAAGCAACCCGCCUUUUUCCCCUUCCUCCGAAUUUUCUCGGAAAAGAAAAUGCAAGAAAAUUAAACAGAAAAUUUUUUUUUUUACUUUUAAUUUUCUUUUCCAGUUAAACCCCUAGAAACCGUUUUCGCAUCCCGCCCAGCUCUCCACUCAGUUUCUCUCGCUGUCUCUUAUCCUUCUUCUUCUCAAAUAAAAAACUAGGGUUUUAUGUCUAUCAAAUCUUAAUUUCUCCAAUUAUCAAUCCCUAGAAUUGUUCUUCGUUAUGGAAGAAGGGACUGGCGGCGGCGGCGGCGGAGGCGGCGGCGGAGGAGGAGGUGAGUCGUCGUCAACGAGAGUAACGCCGUCGUAUGUGAAAUUAGGGGACAGACAAAUAUUCACGGUGGAGCUCCGACCCGGGGAAACAACAUUCGUGUCGUGGAAGAAGCUCAUGAAAGACGCUAAUAAAGUCAAUAGUGGAUCCACACCCGCACCGGACCCGCCUCCGGUCAACCUUCACCCUAACCUUGAGUCUCGCCUUGCUGCUGGACAACCAACUGAAAAUGAAGCGAAGGAGCCACCUGCUCCAAACCGUUUCAGUGCUGUAAUUGAGAAGAUUGAACGCCUUUACAUGGGCAAGGAUAGUAGUGAUGAUGAAGAUCUAAAAGAUGUUCCUGAUGAUGAUCAGUAUGAUACGGAUGAUUCUUUUAUUGAUGAUGCUGACUUGGAUGAAUAUUUUGAAGUGGAUAAUUCAGCAAUAAAACACAGUGGAUUCUUUGUCAACAGGGGAAAGCUGGAACGCAUAAAUGAACCUACUAUUAUGCCUAAUCAGCAAGUAAAGAAAAGGCGAAGAAAAGAUUUAAAUAAGGCUCCUGGUGAGAGUGAUGAUGGUCGGACAUUAAAUAAACAUGUUAAAGUGGGCAAGUCGGCAGCUGGAAAGACAGCACCACUGCCUGGAAAGAACUCUUUUAAUCCUUUGCAAGUUUUGGCUGUAACAAGUGAACAUAAUGAGGAUGUGAAAUCCCAGAAUCCAUCAUUUUCUUCUGGAAUUUCUUCCAAGAAGAAAUCUGCUGAAUCUAAAAUGAAUGUGGAUCCAUCUUCAUCAGUAAAAGUUUCCAAUGGCGAUGUUUCUGUAUCUCUACCAGAGGCUAAUGAUAUUGAAAAGCCGAAGACUGGAGGGCUCCAAAUGAAGAACCUCACAAACAAAUCAAAAGAUGCAAGUGGAUCCUUAGAUGCUUCACAUCAGAAAUAUCAAUCAAAAUUGCAAUCUGCUAAAUCAAUAACCAGAAUUGAUGAACAUGAACCAUCUGUUCGAUCAAAAGAGAAGAAUGGUGUUCAUGAGCUGCCUGACCUCAAUAUGCCAGAUGGCAAGGUUUCCAUGCAAAUAACAAAACCUUCACAUGUUCACAAAAGGGAUGGUUCUAGUGGUAGGCACAAAGGUUCUGUGCUGGAAAACGCCAUUAGGGAGUUGGAGAAGAUGGUUGCCGAAUCAAGGCCGCCCACUUUGGAAAAUCAAGAGGCUGAUACCUCAUCCCAGGCAAUCAAAAGGAGACUGCCUAGAGAAGUAAAGCUAAAGCUUGCUAAAGUUGCUAGGCUAGCGCAGGCUAGCCAGGGAAAAGUAUCAAAGGAUUUGAUCAAUCGCCUUAUGAGCAUUCUUGGGCACUUAAUACAGCUCAGAACACUCAAGAGAAACCUAAAAGUGAUGAUCAGCAUGAGCUUGUCGGCAAAGCAGGAGAAAGAUGAUAGGUUUCAACAGAUAAAAAAAGAAGUAGCUGAGAUGAUUAAGACACGUGGCCCUUCUUUGGAAUCCAAGGCGUUGGAACACGCUGGAGCAUCUGAUAAUUUUCAAGAAAUCAGUCCUCAGGAAAAAGGAGCCCCUAAAAGAAAAUUUAGCAUGGACGCUGUGGUGGAGGAUAAAAUUUGUGAUCUUUAUGACCUUUUUGUUGAUGGACUGGAUGAAGAUGCUGGCCCACAAGUCAGGAAGUUGUAUGUUGAGCUCGCAGGAUUGUGGCCAAGUGGUUUCAUGGAUAACCAUGGGAUCAAACGUGCAAUUUGUAGGGCAAAAGAGAGAAGAAGGGCCUUAUACAACAGACACAAGGUAUGCAAGGAGCAGGAGAAACUGAAGAGGAAUAAGAUGUUGGCACCCAGAUUGGAUGAGAGCGCUGGAGUUGAGGCUGGCUCUGUUGCUUUGCAACAACCUAUGCGAGAGAGGUUGCCUAUUGAUACAGGCGGCCCGGUUUUGGCUUUAGCUAGCAACUCUAUCCCUAAUUCAGCAACAGCAGCUGUUCGGAUACCAAGUCCUCCAACAAAUGCACCGAAUGUGGAAAGGCUAAAACAAGAGAAGCCAAAAGGAAGUUCAAGCAAUCCCAUGGAUGAAGCGAAGAUGGGGGUAGAUGGUGCACUGGCAAAGAAGAAGACCAAGAGGAAGCCAGAACCAGAGUUGGACGAAACUCAUAUCCGUUCUUCUGAGAAGUUGCAUUCCCAAUCUAGUGAAGAAAGACACAAGUCCCUUAAGCAGGCGGCAGGUCUUUCUCAAAAGUUAAACCUUCAGUUAACCACUCCUUCAAGUUUCGAACAGUCUAGCUAACGCAAUAUAGUUGUUUAGGAAAUUUACAUCAUAGAAGUGUUUGUGUAACAAAAUCUCUUUUUGCUUUUUCUUUUCAAUUUCUCCUCAGCAGGCUUCAUUAAUUCUGACCAGCUGAUUUUCUUUCAUUUUUGUAAUUACGUGUUGCAUGGUGCACUGUCAAUUAGAGCUUCGUUUUUUUAAAUAGGAAAUGGCAGAAUACUGUAUUUUUCUUGUACAA